AUGCGCUUCAUUGGCGCCGUUGCUCUCGUAUGUUUCCAGGUGCUCAGCUAUCUUGAACUGUCGGGCUCUGCAGCAGUAGUGAGGCCGAGCGCGUGGCUGCCGCUUCAAGUCGGAGCAUGGACGGGCUGGCAUGGCCAUGAUAGGCUAUCACACUUCCCUGGUUUACUGCGCACGGGGAGUGUGCAGAGUCGUAGAACCUUCCUCACACAUGCACGAAGAGGAAAUCAACUGGCGCAUGACGCUGUACAGGAGGGCACCUUCAUUGAUCUACUGAAUUGGCUUGUCGAUAAUGGUGCAGAGCUGGACGUACAUGGAAUCGCAUUGAAACCCUUACAUCAGACAGAACGAGGAGUCAGAACAGCCUCAGCUCGAGCAGUGCCCUGGAGUCCAGGACUCGUAGCACUGCGUUCAUACGCACGGGGAGAGAAGAUUGCGAGUCUUCCGACUGCCUUGCACUUUAGUACGGAGAGCAUCAGGCGUCUGGUGUACUACGCUUUGAAUGCACGGACCAAAAGAUGUGCGGGAAGCGGUUCUCCCGAGGGUAGCGCCACGUUCGGCGCAUCGAAUGUGACCGACCCCAAGAUUCUCAUGGCACUCGCCCUCGUUUUUUUCCAAGAGCUGCUCAGGCACGAAUGGAGCCCUCCUCCUCAUUUAGCGUUGCACCCAACAACAUCAGGCCAUGCUGCCAAAGCACCAUGGCUUUCCCGCCUGUGUGUGGGCUGGCUGAAGUAUCUGCGCGUGCUCCCGCCGCCGUCAAGGACGAUACCUCUUUUUUGGACGGCAGAGGAACUAAAGGCGCUAGAACAUCCAGUUUGUCACGCAGCGAUCGCGCGACUGCACCGUUUGCACAGCGCCUUUACCGACACCGAAUCCACAAUAAGAGAAAAUGUCUCAGCGGUCCUCUCCGGCGCGGCUGACCCCCAGGAGUCGCAUGCCCUGUUUGGCAGACUGGUGACAGCGUACGCGACAGCAGUGUGCCGUUCCAUCAAGACGCCUUGUGGGCAGCACGCAUUCAUUCCAGUAGUGGAUUUGUGUAGUCACUCCCCCCGCGAUGCCAACGCAAGCCUUUAUUUUGCUGCUCAUAGCAGUGGGCGCGAAAUGCCGCCCGAGCAAGGCAACGCCGCCGGAAAAGCUUCUCACGGCCGUCUGCAGGACACAAAGUCUGUGCAUCUCGUGGCAACGGCGGAUAUUGCACCAGGGGAGGAGAUUCAGAUAUCGUAUGGUCCUUUCGACAAUGCAACUCUGCUCCUUAACUACGGUCUGCUCCCAGACGACAACCCUCAUGCAAUGAUUCGAAUGGAAUUCUCUCCGCGGCGUGUGCACGCUGCGCUGCGCUCCACUGGUGUGGAUUUAAUGAAACUGACAGAUGAUUUCGCCUUCCUGGGCCAAGAGGUCGUCCGAGAACUCACAAAACUGGGACUGGCGCAAGGGCGGCUAGGCGCCGAUGACGCAGAGAGAGCACCCGUUGUUGAGUUCAGGCCCACAGUUACAAUCAAUGGAGAUGCGCAGCCCGACGAAAGGCUGCUUGCCGCUGCGAAGGUGAUUAUGGGAAACAAAGAUUUAAGCGCUCUAGAGGAAGGGGACGAACCCCCUGCCGACGGCGGUUCUCCCUGCCGCCCCCAUGCUUGUUUAGAUGUGUACGCACGUCUCAGUGCCAAUAUUCAAAUGCUGAAACGUAUCAACAUCGCUGUUGAGUCCAUGUACGUACAGGUAAACCCACUGCGUUUCGUGGUCUCGUUCAUUAAACAUUUUUUAUUUGAGGAGUUUAGCACAACAGCAGAGGAAGAUUUAGCCAUUCUGCAUGACGGGAGGGUCACUAAACCAGGAUCGCACCUAGGGCUCGAAAAGCUCGAGCCACUGACCAUUGGGAUGGAAACGGCGAUUCGAUUCAGGGCGAAACGAAAGGAACUAUUACACAAGGCCAUAAAACAGAUGCAGCAGUCCAUUCGGACAGUACAAGUUCCAGACCAAGGUGAACAUACACCAGAUAUUUCGUUCCAAUACAGGGCGCUGGUCGCCUGCUUUCUUGUUUCCACAGCUGUAUGGAAUUUGCUCCCAUGUUAG